UGCGCCACUCCGGGCGAGGGACCCGCUCGCCUCCAUGGAUUGCCGCUGGACUUAGGAGGGGCGCCGAGCCGAGCGGAGGGGGCGGCCGAGGCAGAACUUCUCCCGCAACUUUGCUGCCAGCGGAUGAAGUGAGGGAGCCGCGCGGGGCUGCUGCGGAGCGCGCUGCCCCCUUUAUGUGGCCGGCCAGCACGCCUGCUGCCACCGCUCGCCUACCGGCCAGGCUCCGCCGCGUGGAUCGAGGCGGGCGGAGUGCCCCCAUCGUCUCGCCGGGACCCCGAGGAAGAGGCGGCGGCGGCGGCGGCGGGCGGCGACCGGCGGGAUGUUCCAACCCGCCCCCAAGCGCUGCUUCACCAUCGAGUCGCUGGUGGCCAAAGACAGCCCCGCCUUGCCCGCCUCCCGCGCCGAGGAUCCCAUCCGGCCGGCGGCGCUCAGCUAUGCCAACUCCAACCCCAUGAAUCCCUUCCUCAACGGCUUCCACGCCGGCGGCCGCGGGGUCUACUCCAACCCGGACUUGGUCUUCGCGGAGGCCGUCUCGCACCCGCCCAACCCGGCCGCGGUGCCCGUGCACCCCGUGCCCCCGCCCCACGCCCUGGCCGCCCAUCCGCUGCCCUCCUCGCACUCUCCGCACCCGCUCUUCGCCUCGCAGCAACGGGACCCCUCCACCUUCUACCCCUGGCUAAUACACAGAUACAGAUAUCUGGGCCAUCGGUUCCAAGGCAAUGAAACCAGUCCGGAGAGCUUCCUCUUGCACAAUGCACUAGCCAGGAAACCUAAACGGAUCCGCACCGCCUUCUCCCCUUCCCAGUUACUGAGGCUGGAGCACGCCUUUGAGAAAAAUCACUACGUCGUAGGGGCAGAGAGGAAGCAACUGGCCCACAGCCUCAGCCUCACAGAAACUCAGGUAAAAGUUUGGUUUCAGAACCGACGGACUAAGUUCAAGCGGCAGAAGUUGGAAGAAGAAGGCUCAGACUCCCAACAGAAGAAAAAGGGGACUCAUCACAUCAACCGGUGGAGAAUCGCCACCAAACAAGCCAGCCCGGAAGAGAUCGACGUCACGUCGGACGAUUAAACCAUCCUCCUCGGCUCCAAGCAGCAGCAGCAGCACCCCCCCUCCCCAAGCUGGCACUUAAAGACUCUUCCCACGAACAGCGCAAGUGUUAAAAGGCUCCAGACAACCCCAGGAAAGAGCGCGGCGUGGCCGGGCCAGGGACAGAACCGGCGUUUCUCCUUCAGAGGCGGCGGGAGCCAGCCGGCCGGGCCAGCCAGCCAGAAGUCAGUCCCAACUGCGGCCUCGCUGGUGCAGCACUGGUACAAAAAGGGGGGAAGGGGAAUCUGUCAGUCAAAGCCAAACCACCGAAACAAGAUGAUUGACAGGUAUUCUGUUUCUCGUAGUUCAAAAUCAAAUCUCCACUUUUUUAAAAAAGACCCACACAGGCAUACACCACAUUACACAGACUACCUUAACAGGACACUUUACAUUUCACAAAGGGAUUUAUUCUUAUUAAGAAUUAUUCUCAUUUUCUCUCAGUCGUUAGGAGAGAAAAUUCCACACCUAGCCAAAAUCUACACACCUGUUUCAGAAACUUGAAUUGCAUGCUUUUUAAAAGACCUUGCGGGAGGGGGAAGAAAGGGGGAGGGUUUUUUUUUUUAAAAAAACCCGGUUGCUAAAGACAGGCAGACAUAAAUGGUAUUUUUUUUUCGGUUUUCUUCUGAGACAGGUUCUGUGUGCUUUUUAAAUUUAUUUUACGAGGAACUGUGCAGUCUGUAAACCUUUUUAUGAUAACUUCUGGCGUCAACGUGGUUGUGAACACUCAAUGAAGUAGCGGUAACAAAAUUCUAUAUACAUAUAUAUAUAUAUAUAUAUAUUGCUUCCCCAAAUGGAAACCCUUUGAAGAAAAAUGAUUGGGUUAGGGUGGGGGCGGGAACCCUUAUCGCUUUUGCUGCAAAAGAGGCGUUUAAAGACACUAGUCCUUCUCCCAAAACUUCGGUUAUUGCUUUCCCCCUCCUCUUGCUCCCUUUGGUGGGACCUUUCCCAGGCAGGAUAUCAGAAGGAUGGGGAUCUUGAAGAUCUCUUUGAUAGCAUGGAUUGCAACCCAGGCCCGUUUUCAAGCACUGAUUGUGAUGUUCCAGAUUAUAGAGCUACUAAAAAAAUGACAAGGUUUCCUUAAUGUCUUCUUUUACCAGAAUGUAAAUAUUUUUGUGUUUUGUGUUUUAAUUUGUUAGAAUUCUAACACACUAUAUACUUCCAAGAAGUAUCUCAAUGUCAAUAUUUUGUCAAUAAAGAUUUA